UCUACCCGAAGAUCAUUCAUGGAUGGACAUCCAAGAGUGCUUCGAAGAUGAUGAAGGAACAACAACUAGCAAAAAGAGAAAAAGAGGACCAAGAAAUUUAAAUGCCACUGAUAGAGGAAAAAGAAAAGUAUUUGAAGAUGAUGAUGGAGUUGAAUUGAUUGAAGGUGGGGAAGAGGAAGAGGAAGAAGAGUUUGAUGAAGUGACUAUGGUAGAUGAUGAUGAAGAUGAUAAAGAUGAUAUUGACCAUGGAGAUGAUGAAGAUUGAAAUGAAGAAAUGAAGGCUUUUUGGAAUUUUUAACUUUGUCUAAUCUAAUUUUUGUUUUGUAUGGUCUCUUUUUGACACAAGUUACUUUACAUGUAUAGAUUAGAGUUUUGAAAAGUUUAGACCUUGUUAAGUUGUGAACCUUAUUCAUGAUCAUACAUUCAUAGAAUCAUAUUAUAAUGAAUGUGGAUUGCCAUACAUAUAUGUUGUGAUGUGAAUUUACAUAAAUUAUAUCAUAAAUACAUAAAUAUAAUAUAGAAUGAUAGAUCACGGUGGGGCUCGGACCCACAUCUCUUGCCAU